AAUCCAUAUUGUUCCUCAUGUUAAUAAUUUAUCUAAAGCCAGCAGCUAUUCUUGUGUUGCGUCAGCAAGGUUACUGUGCAGAGAAACCUCUUGAGGAUUCAAUUCUAAACGACGAGCUUUCAGACGUCAGGGUGACUCAUUCACUGCAGCAUCAGGCACAAACACUGCAGAUAAAAUGCUCUCUACAUGGAUCUCAGUGCUGAUCGGAAUCGUCCUGUUUGUCACCUGUGAAUCUCAGGUUAUAUCAGACAAAACUAUUGCUUCCCCAAUUGAAACUGACCAGCGGGAGAUCAACAUAACUGAAAUUGCUGUAGACUCGUCAAUAGUGAAGAAUAUUGUUAUAAAAGGACACACUAAUCCCUGGAUCAAAGCAAACAUCGAUGUUACACAGCCAACCAAUUUAGACUUUUCAUGUAAUUUGACUGGUCUUCUAUAUGAAUCAUCGUCCAUUACUGGAUUUUGGAGAAGAGAUGGCAAAGAGAUCCCACAGUCUCGUGUAGUCAUACAGAAGAAAGAGGCUCAGUAUCAUCUCCAAAUAAAGUUUCAAGUUAUCGAUAACAGCCAACUUGGGAAUUACACUUGUGUUUUUGAUAUUAAACCUGAAGUAGUCGCCAACUUUGUUGUUGAAGUUCCAGACACUGAAGGCAGAGAAAAACCACUUGUUUGUUAUGAAGGAGAUGCAGUUGUGAUGAUCUGUAAAAGCCAUGAAUUUGUUCCAAACACUUGGAUUUGGCUCAAAGUGAAUGGCACUGAAAAGGCUAUUAUCAAUGCAACAGCAAACCCAGAUCGAUACAAAAUGAAUAUCUAUAAAGAUGGAAAUAAAACAUCUCUUAAAGUAAUGGGUUUAACAGGGAAAGACACUGGUCUCUUCGGGUGCAGAGCUGUGUAUGAGAUUGGAUCAAGUGAAGGCCACGUUAAUGUUAAAGUUCUUAGUUACAUGGUGCCCCUCAAACCCUUCCUGGCCAUCGCUACUGAGGUUAUAAUUCUGGUAUCUUUAAUUCUGGUCUAUGAGCGGCAUACCAAGAAGAAAAAAAAUCUUGCAGAUAAUGGCACCGAACACAUGGAAAAACUAAAAACUGAUGAAAGUAAUGGAGUAGGAGACAGCACUACAAGACACAGAAAUGUUUAAAGGAAAACCGAAAGCAGAAAGCAUCAAUUAUCAACAUGUAUUCAUAAGCAGGUUCUCAUACUUGCUUCUUGUGAGAGUGACAUGAAGUUGUGUAGCUGUAGUUUUCAUUGAUCUGUCUCCCCCUCUAACCCCAUAUGGAAAUAUCCAGGCAUAAAUAACCUUCAGUGUUAACAUAAAGCCAAUUAAAUUUGUACUUUUCAUCUCAGAUUAUGUGCUUAUCUCAGAUUUGUAAGGAUUACUACAUCAUAUGUGCUGUCCAUGAAUAUAGUUAAAUAUGAUUGACUAGUCAUGUGGAUAAAGGUAUUAUACAGGUGUACAUAUUCACUGCAGAAAUACUGUCUCUAGCUUGCUUUUUCAGAGUUAAGCAGCCUUUAAAUUUCCUGGUAAUUAGUGCAAAAGCAAGGGGUGGCAUUUCCAAUAAAGAACCACUGAGAAUUGUUUCUGUUUGUGAACAGUAUCUUUAGAGCAUCUAAGAAAUUCCAUUUGCCGUCCAAACACUAAAAAUCUUGGGGAGCACUGUGAUGGCAUGCCCACCCCUUACUAAUUUAUAUAUUAUUUUUGUUUGUUCUCCAAACAAAAACAGUUUUUUUCUUUUUCUUCACAACACACCUUCAAAAAAUAAUAAAAAAAACACCCGCAUUACUCUCUCUGGUCGUCUGGCUCCUGGAGGCACUACAUCCCACUACUGACACCAUAUGUCAUAAGGUAGGCUUGAGUGGCGAGUGUGGUGACAUCACAGACCAGGAAGCAAUGUUCAGGAAACAGAGGUACGGGGCUGAAACUGUGUGGGAGCGCAGUUUAUUUAUUUAACAACGAAAAAUUAACACAUAAUACUUUUAAACACAGAAAACAAACGGCAUGUGGGCCAAAGCAAAACAGAAAAAACACAACAUAAGUAAUCUUUAAACUAGAACAAGUACCUACAAGGUCUCACAGUUGGUAGCAAUCGUCUUUCUCAUACUCAUAGCAUCAUUAUACACUCCUCCUAAGCUCUCUCCUCAGACAAAGGCUUGCUCCUGACUUUUAUAGUUUGCGGCUGGAGCCCAAUUAAUCAAUAAUUAAAAAUUACUCAAUUAAGGCUCCAGCCACAUUCUCACGUGUAUUUUGGCAGGGAGGAAUUUAACCCCUUUCACUGCCGAUCCAGAACACGCAAACACAAACACAAAAUCAAUUUAAAAAUGAAAGGAACAAAUACAUAUAUACAUAAAAAUGGUAAUAGAUCAUAACAGCACAAAAAUAAUAUAUACAUUAAUAAGGGGCAGGCACCCCGUCAUAGGCACUUAGUCUUGAACUGAAGGAGUACCUUAAAUAUUGUCAUUUUAUAAUUAUAAACAUUUAUCUGGUGAUUAGUGCAAUGUUAAAUGUUUACGGAUUAUAUCCAGUUUGCUUAAAUGCAUUGUUUCACAUUAUCCCCACCCAGUCUUACGCAUCUCCCAUUCAGCAGUUAAGUGAUAUGUGUCUUUGAGUUCCCACAGCCUGUCUAUGUGUGCUAUCCCUGGCUCUGUUUCUCUCUCUCUGUCAUUGUAACAUUGCCUGCUCCUAAAACAAGUACAUCACAAAUCAUUCAGGUAAAUCUUCACAUGGCAUCCACUGCCCAAUUCAAAUAAACAAAAGGGUAAUUACAGCUCGGAGAAGAAAAUAAUUAAGGCCUUUACAAUAUAUAUUCUUUAUACCUACUAAUAAUAUUAGUAGGUAGAAACUGACAUUUAGUGCCGAAUUUACUGCCAUGAGACAGUUUUAUCCCAUACAAUGCAAACGCUAAAUAGUGAAGCAAUAUUUUUAAGAUACUUGCAUGCUUCGUUCUUCUAUAAUACUAAUCUAUAAAAUAAGGAAUCACAUGAGUCAAUUUUCUAAAUAAUAAUUGCCUUGCUGGGGAGGAUCUUAUAGAUGCAAUCAUGCCUUUAUUCCUUAUCCUAGAUGUCAUUAUACACAUACCAGAUGAAGGCAUUUACAAUAGAAAGCUUUCACAAAAUGUAAUGUGGGACUAAUGCAAAAAAUGGUACCAUGAUCCUUGAUGUGGAUAACAUAAUAAAAUGGUAUUGCUUAUCAGGAAAGUAUCAUUUUAAAUUGAGAAAAUUUAAUUGUCUGGCUCAUUUGCACUGUGGUUAAGAUGCUCGUUUGCAGUGCAAGUGGUCGCCAGUUUGCACCCAGCCUCUGCCCUGUUACAUAUACAUUAACAAGUUUGAGACAGAAUUACUGGAAAUGCUCCAUACAGUCACAUUUCUUACGACAUAUUUAGAAAUUCAAUGUAUGUCGGGUUUCAGUGUAGUUUUUUUUAUUUUUAUUUAAACAAAACAAAAACAAAAAACACUGUUAAUCUUAGGUUUGCUAUGUUAAGUAUCUUAUAAAUAGAUUUAGGCAAAGCCAUAUUAUUCUUUUCAUUAAACAACACAGUAACAAGAUAAUACCCUGUGUGUAGAAAAGAUAACACCAUUGUUGUGUUGUUGAUGUUGUGUGUUGUAGAAAAUAUAGAAAAUGUAGAUAUGCAUGCUAAUCAUUCAGGGAUGAGUCCAAAAUGAAUAACAUAUAAGCUUCCCUGCAAUCUUUAUACAGUUUUAAAGUUCAGUGAAAAUGAUGCAAGUUUCUUUAAACUGUUUUGAUCACACCUUUGCAAGGCAGUUAUGCUUGACCAAAGCAGUUAAAAGGUGUAUACGUUUUUUCAAAGCUUGGCAAUACUUGGUUUUUGACAUGCAAGUACUGUAUUUUGCAUUGCUUAUCCAAAUUCUGCAACCACGCACAAGCUUGCCUUAACACACAAAACAAAUUAAAUGUGAAUAAAAAAAUUAUUUGCAGCAAAACCUGGCAUUUUUGAGAUAUGUUUUGCCUUUGAAUGUAAAACCAUGUAUAUAAUGUUUUACCUCCACUAGCAAUCUUUGUAACCUAUUUGA